AUGAAGAAUAGUUUUUUACAUAUGAUAAACUUUGGUGUGUUCACUCCGCAACACACAGCGUUUGAGGUGGUCCGAGAAAUAAACCCGAAACAGACACCCUCUCCUACACCUUUGACUUUUGAUUUUCCAACCGAUUCCGAAAUGAAAAGAAAAAAUUCUGCAAAUUCACGACCUUACUGUGAAAAAAAUUACCAGAGCAAAAUUCCCAUGUCUGACAUUUCAACAAACACCACCACAGAAAGAGAUUUUGAAAGUCUUCCCAAAGAAGAAAAUGACGCUAUGCAAACCAACAUAAAACGUAUCUCAAGCAAACCAGGCCAUUUCCAAGUUGCUGCAGUGAGUACUGAUCUUUACCCGGGCAAUGCCCAGACAUUGUCAUUGCCUUCCGAUGUGAGCAGCAUUGACAAAGAGCCAAGCCUCUUUGCCCAACCAAAGUUACAUAGUACAUUAAUUAUUGCAGAGAAAAUCAAAGCAUUGCAAAAGAAACGUCCAGAUUUGACGCGUGAAUUGAAGAAGAGCCUUGUAAAGAAAGAACAGAGAGACAAAAUUAAUGAAAAGGCAGCCUCUAAAGUUGACAUUCGUUCCAACAAAGACCUUUAUCCUGGACUCAUCAGUAUUUAUUUUUAUUCUCUCUUUCUCUAUCUUUUUAUCUCUCUGUCUCUUUCUUGUUUUCUUACUCUCUCUCUCUCUCUCUCUCUCUCUCUCUCUCUCUCUCUCUCAUUCGUUUUCUUUCUCUCUCGUUUUUUUUUCUCUCAUUUUCUUUCUCCCUCUCUCUCUCUAUUUUCUUUCUUUUUCCCUCUCUCUCUCAUUUUCUUUCUCCCUCUCUCUCUCUUUCUCAUUUUCUUUCUCCCUCUCCUUCUCUUUUUCUUUCUCCCUCUCCCUCUCUUUCUCAUUUUCUUUCUCCCUCUCUCUCUUUUCUCCCUCUUUCUCCUCCUCCCUCUCUCUCUCAUUUCUUUCUCCCCUCUUUCUCUCUCAUUUUCUUUCUCCCCUCUUUCUCUCUCAUUUUCUUUCUCCCCUCUUUCUCUCUCAUUUUCUUUUCCUCCCUCUCUCUCUCUCAUUUUCUUUCUCCCUCCCUCUCUCUCUCUCAUUUUCUCCCCCCCCUCUCUCUCUCUUAUUAAUUAA